UACUUAUUCACGCAACUCAACAACAAAAGCCUUUUUUUUAAAAAAAAAAAUUCCUUUAAAAAAUGAAGAAUACUAUCUUCUUCGCUCUCUUUCUUGUUUGUGCCUUCACCUCAUACCUACCUUCAGCCACCGCUGAUACUAUCUUCGACAUAAAUGGUGAUUUUGUCCGAAACGGUGGCACAUACUACAUCUUGCCAGUUAUAAGAGGAGACGGAGGUGGAAUAGAAUUCGCCGCAACAGGAAACGAAACAUGCCCUCUCACUGUAGUGCAAUCUCCCCUUGAGGUCUCUAAGGGUCUACCACUAAUCAUUUCAUCACCAUUCGAAAUCCUUAGCAUCCAAGAAGGCCUUAUUUUGAACAUUGGGUUCACUUUUGUGCCCCCCUGUGCCCUAAUUCCUUCUGAGUGGACUACUGUUAAGGGUUUACCAGAAGGACUCGCUGUUAAACUUACUGGGUAUGAAAAUAAAGUGCCUGGUUGGUUUAAAAUUGAGAGAGUUUCCCUUGAAUUCAAUGACUAUAAGCUUGUGUUCUGUGCAACUGAAGAUAGCACGUGUGUGGAUAUUGGGGUUUAUAUUGAUGGUGAAGGAAACAGGCGUUUGGUGGUGACUGAGAAUAAUGAUCCGUUAUUGGUUCACUUUAAGAAAGUUGAAGUUGAAUCAUCAGCUACUGCUUGAGGUGGCCUUAAAAAAUCAUGUGGUUUCUCGUAGUGUAAGACUGAAUAAAUGCUUUGGUUGUAAUGAUUAAUUCAAGACUGAAUAAAAUAAGAAUAGUGCCUUUACGAAUUUCUGUAACACGAAAUAUGUAAUACGUGUAAAGAUGGAGCUAUAUUCAAUGUCCGUUAAUUCCGUAUAA